UUGUAAUUUUCAAAUGAUGUUUUUAUACCAGUUUACUUUUGAUUUGGGGCAUGUUCAGGGAUGUCGAAGACGAAUUGAGUAUUCGAAUACAUUCAAACUUGUGAUGAUAUUCAAUUUAGUGAAUGUAUAAUUUAAGAAGUAAAUUGAAUAAUUUUGUUUGAAAAAUUUUUGACGGCCAUUUACGGUAAAUUACGGUUUGACAAAUAUUCAUCUAAACAAUUUUGCAUUGCCAAUUUCAGUUUCUUCGAAUAUGCAAUAAUUCACGCGAGUGUAUCUGUUAAGUAUGAGCUAUUUUAAAAUAUAUUGGAAAGUAAGAUUUUAGAAUGUAUUCAAAAUAGUUAAUUCUUCGAUUUUGAAUGACCCAGGCCAUUUCUGUUGGUAUCACAGUUUUUAUUUUAAUGUAGCCUACAUACAUUUAAUCUUUCACAUAUUUCAUUUUCAGAUAAUUAUCUCCGUAUGAUAAUAUAAUAAACAUGUUUUGUGAUAAAUAUUUUGGAUUUUUGGUCUUUUUUUGUUUCCUGAUAUCGUUCGGGAAAACUGAAAACCAACACGGAGCUGAUUUGGAAGAUAAUGAAUUCGCGGAAUUUGAAGAUUUCGACGAAGGCACCGAGCAAGAUACUGUAUCACAACCUCUGCCUGUUACAGAAACACCAACUAAAAAACAAGAUGAACCAAAAUUGAAACAGGAAUCAGAGUCGCAAAAAAAGAAACAACAGGCAGAUGAAUUCGCGAAAGAAUUUGACGAUGACGGCGCAACUGUAGAAGUAGAAGGUGAAACUGAAUUUGAAACUUAUGAUCCGGAGGAAUUUGAAGGUUUGGAGGGAGACGAUACUAUCUGGGAAAACGAUCGUAAAAUCAAAAAAGGAGCAAAACCAGAGUUGAAAAUCGCUAACGUACCUUUACACGUGAGAAGUUGGGAUAAAUUUUACAUAGAAAUUCUAAUGUGUUUCGGAAUAGGUGUUUACAUUUUAAACUUCUUUAUGGGGAAAUAUAUGAAUUCAACAAUCGCUUCUGGGUGGUUCAAAAUACACAAAGAAUUUCUAGAAUCUCAAUUUGAACUCGUUGGGGAUGAUGUUCAAAAUAAAAACGCAGUCAGUACUCUACAACUCGUCAAGGAAUCUGAGCAUAUUUUUACUUUGUGGUGCUCUGGAAGAGUAUGUGUGGAAGGAAUGCUUGUCGAGUUACGACUUCUAAAACGUCAAGAUUUAGUAUCAAUCAUAGCUGAUAAAAUGAAGCCGGGAAAAGAUCAAGUGUCGAUUAGUAUCACGUUAGAAGAUAUGGACCCGUUUGUAUUAGUUGUUGGAAAUAAAAAGAGCAUUGCGAAUCUACAAAAAAAUAUGCAAGAUGUUGUAUAUUACUGCAUCGAUAAAAUGCGUCCUGCAGAUAAAUACGAUCUACCAGAUAAUAUGUGUAUCGCGUCUGAACUAUGGGGCGAAGUUGCAAAUAUUCUUGAUGUCAAAGUGAGGAAAAUUAUCAAAGAAAACGAGCAGUUUUUCGAUUAUUUACAUAUUUCUGAUCAAUUCUCUGGUCCAAAACCAAUGGACCAAGAGGAGCAGCCAGAUAAGCCAAAAACAACUAAGCAACUUACUGUGGUUCUUAAUAUGCACUGUGAAGGCCGCAACCCAUUACAAGCGGAUAUUGUAAAAAUGCUGCCGCUGAUGAAAAUGACGUUAUACUUAGCUGACAAAAUUCGCAGAUUCCGUCUGAGCAAAGAAUCCAAAGCAAAAGCAGAUAAAAAUCGUCAAAAAGUCGAAAUGGCAUAUCUCAAGCUCACUCACGCGAAACGACAAGAAGAAGCUCAAAUAAAAAAGGAAGAAAAAGACAAAGCGAUGAAGGAAAGAAUCAUGAAUGAGGAAGACCCUGAAAAGCAGAGGAAAUUAGAAGAAAUACAACACCGUCGAGAAUUGAAACGAAAGGAUAAAAAAAUGUUCAAAAGCAAACAAAUGAAGGUUAAAAUGAUGUAAAGGUGAUUGAUUACGAAGCUAGGGUUAUUGCUAUCUGGAAAAAUGUGUUCGUUUUGGCAUUCGAAAACAUUUGAAACGAUUAAAGCUGUUAUGUUUGUGCUUAUUUUGGGAUUUGAAAAAUUUAUACCAUAUUUGCUGAUGUUUUUGUAUGUUAUAUCUUUGAUUUUUCUUUGACAGUACCAGGUCAAAGGAUGUCCAAAUCUGAGUAAUUUAUUAUUUAGUGAUAUUUUAAUUUGUUUUUCAUGUUCACAACGAAUUAAUGAAUUCUCGCAAUGUAAAAUUUUAUUUAUUCAACAUUUUAGUGGGACACUUGAAAUUUCGAGUUCUUGUUGGACUGUGAGCAACUUUUUGAACACGGAUUUGGAUUUUAUUCUUGAUAGGGGGAAAAUCUGAGUAUUGACAAGGGCCACACCAAAUGGCCUUAGCUUCUCAGUUCCAAAUUAUCACUUG